AUGCAGAAAGACCAGAUCGGGCAGUCUAGGGGCCCAGAGGCUGUCACCGUUGGCGCCUGCGCCCAGACCGGUGACUGGGCAAAUCCCCACAACGUCGCUACCACGCUGAUGUACUUGUCCUUCACCUAUGCUGCACCCGGCAUCGCGUUCGGCAUCAUCCAAGGAUCCAUGCCACUCUUUACGGCCUGCAUUGGGUUCAUAUUCUUGAAGGAAAAAAUCGGCAUCAUACCUUGGUGUGGGAUUUCAAUCAGCGUUAUUGGGGUAGCUCUGGUCAGCAUCAUGAUGGCAAACCAGUCAACAGACUCCACACAUGUCUUGGUAGUGUCCAUUGUCCUCCCUCUGGCUACUGCCUUCGCCAAGGGACCAGGCAUGGUGGUAGCACGCGCUAUCGUGAAGGACAUGUCAGGCAUUACAAUGCUGUUAUAUAGUACAUUACCAGGGACUGUAGCUCAGCUCAUACUAACAUACUCAUUCGAGACUCCCGUCUGGGUAAUGUCGACAGAGACAGCCGGGUACGUAGCCGGGCUGGGCUUGUCCAAGGAUUUAGCCAUGUUGUUUUUCGUGGCAGUACUCACAGUUGAGAAGGCAGCCAUUGCCGUUGCACUGCGCACACUUGUCAUACCGCUCACCAUCCUGCUGGACUAUCUCAUCCUGUCAAAGGUACCAACCGUGCUGAAAUGGGCAGGUAUAUUUCUAGUGGUAAUCGGGACAAUCGUGGUCGCCAUCCAUACUUGGUGGACACAUCAUGAGGACUAG